AUCGCCUGCCUAACCUUUAGUUUAGCUACUACACUGUAGUAUGUGAAUAGCAGCAGGCAACACGAAUUUCGCUCUUCAUAUUGAUUUCUUUAGACGGCUCUUAUUUACAAUAUUAAUGGUUUGGCAGCCAGUAGUGGCAUUUAGGCUUGAAAGUAGACAUAUUGGUAUUUUAGUUAGCGUGUGAUAACUUGCGCAACGACUUCAGAUACGAGCAAGGUCUCGGGACAAGGCAUCACCUUUUGGAAGGACAGAUUUGACACAUCUUUCAGACUAAUUUUCACCAGGUUGAACUCUUCGAUAGCUUCUAUGUUUAUUCUAUAGGCUAGUGUUGGACUGUCCUCUUGGCGUAUGUGUCUGUUUGUCAUAUUCCCUCUGGAAGUCUAUGGAGAGAAGCUGUUCAACUUGGAUGUUAUCCUCACGCGACUCUGGAUUUAGUUACGUACUGUGAGACGUACACGCGUACUCCCAGAGGCCAGACGUUGAAUGUUGACUUUACGACAAGAGUAGUCGAAAACACCUGACUUUACCCGAUUUGAAUGCCUGUGCAAGGAUUUUGUUGGUUUCUGUGCUGCAGGCAGGGUUUCAAUUUGCUCAGACGGGACUAUGGGGAGAAAGAGGAGGAAGAAUCUUUUGAGUUGCGCAACAAGGAGGAUCUGACUUGCAACGGACGUGGUCCACUUGAGGUGACUCUCUCUCAGCCGACUCGCACAGCCAAUGGGACAAACGGACACAGUCUGUCAGAGGUUCCUGAUGAGAUGAAGAGUCUGAUCAUAGAGAAGAGCAAGAUGGGCCUGGAAGAAGACCCCGAGCUGCUGGUCAAAGGCUGGCUGUUCCGGGAGGUGCGUGGAAGCUGGAUCAAGCAGCAGUGCUACUGGUUUGUACUGAGCCAGGACUCCUUAGACUACUACAGCAGCUCAGAGAGAGGAGCCCGCAGACUGGGAACACUGGUACUCACCAACCUCUGCUCUGUCAUCUGGCCAGACAAACAGACCUUCAAGGAGACGGGGUACUGGAGCAUCACAGUGUAUGGGCGUAAGCACUGCUACAAGCUGUACACCAAGCACUUCAACGAGGCUGUGCACUGGGCCUGCGCUGUCCAGAAGGUCAUCGACACAAAAGCCCCCGUGGAAACGCCCACUCAGCUCCUGAUCCGAGACAUCGAGGAGAACAAGUUUAACCCCGAGGUGGUAGAUAAUAUUUACCAGCACAACCCCAUCCUGAAACACACCCAGAGCCCCCUGUAUGCCCCCCUGCUGCCCUUCCCUUACGGCAGCCUGGAACACACCUACCACAGCGGUAAGGGCUACUCCACGGUGCGGGAGGAAGCAGUGAAGCUCUUCAACUGUCUGCAGCAGCUGGAGUCUGCACGGGACCCGGUGCCUCUGAUCCAGGGCGUGCUGCAGACCUGUCUGGACCUGCGGCCGCUCCGGGACGAGGUCUACUGCCAGCUGGUGAAGCAGACCAGCUGCACGCCGCAGCCCCACACCGCCGCACACCUCCGCUACUGGCAGCUCCUCACCUGCAUGAGCUGCACCUUCCUGCCCGGCCCCGGCGUGCUUAAAUACCUGCGCUUCCACCUCAAGAGGAUCCAGAGCCAAUUUCCGGACUCUGAGAUGGAUAACUAUGCGUCGUUCAUCGGGGAGGCUCUGGAGAAGACACGGUGUCGGGAAUGUGUUCCCUCCUGGGAGGAGAUCCAGGUGCUGAUGGGGAGACAGGAGAUGCUGUGUACAGUUCACUACCCAGGACCAGGCUCCUGUCAGCUCCACAUCAGCUCACACACCACCGCCAACGAGGUGGUGAGGAGGAUGUUGGAGAAGCUGGGUCUGAAGGAGAGCAGAAACACGUUUUCCCUGUUUGAGCAGAACGCCCACUGGGAGAGAGCUGUCGGGGGCAGCACCAUCAUCGCUGACAUCCUCACCAGGUUUGAAAACCUGUCUGCCAAAGAGCCAGACUCAGGCUCCCAGUGGAGGCUCUGCUUCAAACUCUACUGCCUUCUGGAUGCUGACGCCAUAUCUGUCGACAGCAUCGAGUACCUCUUCCUCUUUGAACAGUGCCAUGAGAUGGUGGUGCGAGGUCAGCUCCCAGCCUGUGAGGAGGACCUCCAGACCCUGGCUGCCCUGCGGCUUCAGUCUGUGAUCGGGGACUUCAGCACACACUCCCCCUGCCCCCCUCUGGACGAGCUCUUCCCCAGCCACAUGGUGGAGGCCCGGCUCCUCAUGCCCCCCUGUGCCCCCCCUGCCCUCCUCCCCGCCACCCAGCCCCCGGCCCAGGGCUGCCCACCGUCCCAGCGCUUCCCCGGGGGUCUCCUGGGAGGGGCGUUGUGGAACCAUACGGCCACUGCAGCCCACAAGCAGAAGGUGGAGCAGGACCUGCGGCUACGUAGCCGUCUGAAGGAGGAGGCUGCGGCCAUCAUGAGCAUCGUCGUGGAGGCCUGGAAGGGCCUGGCCGGGUACAGCAGGAGGGACAGUAUGGCUGCCUACCUCACCAUCGCACGCCAGUGGUCUGGCUUUGGUUGCACACUCUAUGAGGUGGACUUCUAUAUUAGUUCGACAGGUAGUUUCUCUCAGAAGCUGUGGCUGGGUGUGGCAGCGACGUGUGUGUCUCUGUACAGGCAGGGUGAGGCAGAGGCCCUGGAGUCCUUCCCCUACGGACAGAUCUGCUCCUACGGCGUCUCCGACAGCAACACCUUCAAGAUCACCGCCGGCGACCGAGACCUGCUGUUUGAAACUACCAAGCUGACUGAGAUCAUGCAGCUGAUGAAUGCCUAUUUCAGUGCCAUCCGUCGCCAGCGUGGGAGGGGCGACGACGUGGUGAGCAUCACAGAGGGUACUGCCAUCGAGGUGGGCUUCCACCACCUCCCCCCGACACCCACCCCCACCCUGCUGGAGCUGCCCUCGCACCCCGUGUGAAGAGCGCCCCUUCCCCCUGUCCUCAGCUCACACACAGCCUCCUUGGAGCCCAGCCCCAGCCUAGCGGACCCCCUAGCGGACAGCACCGCAGCCAAAACAAAGAGAGGGCUGUUUUUACUCCUCAUCCGUGAAAAUAAACCUCGCUGGGCUUUCCAACUGAAGGAGCGAGAAGGGGAGGAGCCUGUUUUGUAAGUGAGGCUAGAAACCCACAGAAACCAAUGUGGGUGCUGAUGAGGUGUCGCUACCUCCCCCUUCCUGCCACUCAACCUCUGUUCUCACAUGGGAGAACCAGCACCCCGACAACGUGAGGCACGGGACCCGAAGCUGUGGCUCCUUAUCUCCUAGAACUCACAGAGCCAUACUUCAGGGAGACACACUGUUGCCUAGACACAAGAGUUCAUCUACUGUUCCCCAACCAGUUACACCGCUCACCUAGAGACACGGAGCAGAGCAGAGGACAAACUGCUUGAGGGAGCGCCGUGAACAUGCCUCUGCUAUGUUGUUCUACAUGUCGUGCUCUGCCUUUCCUAGAAUAUCCCUCAUGCAAUAGAAAGGGGGGGAGGGGGUGGAAUCAGACUGACUUGACUCACACCCACACUUUCACCUUCUCUCUCUCUCUCUCUCUCACACACUCUGAAAGGGUCCGUUUUCAUAAAGACCCCAGCCAGGCUUGCAUUACCUAGAACUGUUGAUGUAGCAAGCCGUGUGAACUGGGACUGGAACCAGACGAUGGAGCUCAGUAAGUCACUCUGGCUGUCAUGGACAGAACUGCUCCUGCUGGUACUGUCAGCUGGGUGGGAGAGACUACUGGAUGGGACACUUUGAUUGGACGAGACUACAGGAUGGGACACUUUGAUUGGACGAGACUACAGGAUGGGACACUUUGAUUGGACGAGAUGUUAUUAAGGAUUCAGCCUAAUGCUGUGUAACAGAAACUACAGGAUCUUGGGCUAUGACUGGUCUGUUGUUUCUACCAAACGCUCUGACUUCUCCCGAUUUGUCAACUUGCUGCUUGCCCGAGCUAUCACCCCAACAUGAAACUAUGGCUAACACUUGAUAGGAGCCUUUUAAAUGUCUUGUCUGUUCAUUUUUAAUAGUUAAUUGAUCCAAUAUUAGGCCUAUACCUCCAAUUUAAGGGCGGAACUGUUAUUUCCCAGUCUGUUUCAGUGGGGAACAUAUUCAGUGUGGAUGGAAAUUAGAUAGCUGUCCGCACUCUGAAGAAUUGAUGUACUCACCUAACCCCCAGCCAGUAACAUGGACCAUCACAACCACAAUGCAGGCCCCUGUCUUUUCUCUGCUGUGCCUACAUACAGAACCAAUGCUGUCCUGACUAUUGAUGCAUUCUUAGUAUUAUUUAUGUACACACUUUGUGACACAUUGUUUGUGUUGUUUAUCUUAUUUCAUCCAUUUUGUAUGUCUUAAAUGAGGACCUAGCUGGUUUUGUUGUUUUUAGUAUGGCUUCGAAAUGAUCCCAUUAAUGUCUCAUCUAGAUCCAUUAGGUCACUGUACUGAUCAGCCAUGUGAUCCUAUAUAGCUUAAGGGCUCUAUUCAAUCCGUAUCGCGGAAGUUCAGCGUUACAGCGUGAUUGAAAUUUAAAGGCAACGUUCCCGCAUUGUGAGAGAGACAGCGUUCACGGUAAACGCUGCGUAAGUCUACUCAAUCGGAAAUUACUUUUCUAUCGCGCAAUCAGCAACACCGAUUGAAUAAAGUCCUAAGCUACUUUAUUGCCACAGAACCACAGCACAUUGCCUUUCUGUGUUCACUACUUGGCUGGUAGACUUUGUCCAAGUUCAUUAAAGUAACUAAAAAGUGGUGUUUGAGCUUGGACCAAAGAUAAGUUCUGUUGUAAGCUUUUUGUCAGAGAAUAUACCCAGAUGUUGGAAAGUUGCAUGUCAAAUGUUACACCCCAAUGUCAUUUAGACCAAUAGAAGUUUUAGUCAUGUUGUAAUACCCAGGCUGUGGUGGGAUUUUAUUUUCCCUAACCCGCCUGCCCCUAUACCUGGCAGCCAGACUUGGAGGUCUUCCUCAGGAGGAAGGACCCACCAUGGCACAGCCAGUCCUACCCCCUGCCCAUACGAUAUGCAGGCAGCCACUGUCCAGUCAAGCCGUCGCUUUUUAUACUGCAGCUGCAGGCAGCUACGGUCUCGGAGAUUCCUCCCUCCGUGUAACUAUGAAAAGGAAGACGAGAGUCCAACCUGAAGCUUUGUUUAAAGCUUGUUUGUACACCGCAUGGUACCUUCUGUGUGUAAUGUGUGUCUAGUCAAUUGCACUAUUGUUUUUUGUUUUUUUAACUAACUUGGAUGUGCAAUAAGUAAACUAUAAAGACUAUGUAAUUAAUUAAAAAGCAGCACCAUACUGUU